AUGCCUUCUUCGCAAGCAAAUUCACCGCCCUCCCUUACGAAUCUCCCGCAGGAGAUCAUCCGGCAGAUUUUCGAGUCCGCCCCGGACUUCUCUGUCGUCAAUGCUCUCGCUCGAACAGCCCGACCUCUCUAUGCGAGCUACGUUGCAGGCUGCCCGGCCAUCUUUCACGCCGUUGCCUCCCGCAUCCAGCCUGAAUUUCCCUUUGCCAAACGGCUGGUCGAUACCCAAGAAGCAGCCAAUGAUGCGUCACCUUUCCUCUCUGAAGACAAGGACAAGCGAAAAAACGGCCCGUCUCGCGAUGAGCGCCUGCUUUCCAACGCCCGCUGUGCAGCCAUAGCCAGCACCAACUUCGCUGCAGAAUGCAAAAUCCAUCUCUUCACUAGCGCUCGCGGCAAAGAGAAUCCGGAGUUUCGACCCUCAGAACGCGCAAGGUUCAAAAAGAGCUUCUAUCAACUCUGGACCCUUUGUAUCCUUGCAAAUACCCCUUCCCUCCUCUCCUCCGCCCUUGAAUACCUAGACAUGCUGAAUCCGAUCGAGUUAGCAGGCCUCGACGAGAUGACAAAUUGGGCCAUGGGAUACAGUGAAAACGAACCUGAGGAUUCAUGGCUGGAUUUUAAAACCGGCUUACGGGAUGCCGGUUUCGAUAUGGUGAACCAGUAUUGCGAUUGGGAACGGAAGGAAAAGAGCGGGCAUAGGAAAAUACAUGUGUAUAGUGAUGAGGCACCGCUGGGAUUCUGGGUCUUCUUCGACCACUCGCAGAAAUAUCUAAAGCAAAUUGAGGCGCAUUGGUAA